ACAGAUUCUUCCUCUUUCUUAUUUUGACACGAAAGUUACGUCUAUUUCACAUUCGAUCCCACAGACCGCCAUAUGUUUUCCGAUUGUUAUCUUGUCUUCUUAUCUGCUUUGAUGGUCGCGUUGCCGCCCUUUUCAUCCAGUACUCUUCGUUCCUGGUGUUCUUAUUUCUUCUUUCUUUGUUCUUUACUUUUCCUUCUUCUUCUUAUCUGCUAUCACUUUUUGUUCCUCUUAUAUGUUUCUGUGUGAGAGAUUUCGCUUAAUCCAUGGAUGCUCUCAUUGAGUAAUUUUCCAACACGCAAAUGGGAAACUUAAUUUUUGGUUGGGAUUGUUACAUUUGUCCUUUUUAUUAUGCAUAACAAGUGUUUGAUAAAAUGUCUCAACAGCCAACACAAUGUAUAGUCAUACUCAGGUUGCGGGGAUUGCCAUCAGUGAUAACGCGGCGGUGAAGGUGAAGUUGUCGAAGGCGGCGACAGCUGGGGUGAAUUAAAUCUUCCAAAUCCUCAUAACCAAACAGCCAAACCAACCUCCGCUUUCUCUCUCUAACACUUGACUGAAGAUUUUAGAGAGACAAACACACACAAACACUUAGAAAGAGAUGAACGACCGAGUAAAGCAGCAACGAAGCGAACGUUUUCUAUCGUCAUCAAACAACCCACCCGGUUUUCCAGUUCUUCAAACGGGUCAAAGAUUCCUCGGAACAAAUCUGCUAUGUUUGAAGAGAAGAGGUAUUGGAAGAAAUACCUCUGCUAAAUGUGAUCCGUUUGAUGUUAAAGAUUUAGUUAAUAUUAUUGAAGGGGACACAAACAACGGGAAAAUUGAAGCAAGUGCUGUUGGCAGGGGAAAGAAAUGGUUGGGAUUUGACAAGAUUUGUGGGGUUUUAUACAUUAUUAUCAUGUUUCUCUUUCAAAUUGUCUAAAUCUUUCAAUAAAUGUUUAGUAUCUCAUUUUUAUCAUUAAUGGGUUUCCAAUAUCUUGAUGUUGAAAACUGGAAUAGACAUCGAUUGGAAAAUAAAAUAGAUAGAUGGUUCUUAUGUUACCAUUCAAUAUGGAUUUCGUAUGUAUGUAUGUUUUUUUAUUGGAAUGAAUUAUGAAGUAUUUUUUUAUCUAUCAAGAGUUGAUGGGUUACCAAUGACCAUAAGUUGAUAUAAUCAGAAUUAAACAAGUUCCCUAUGACAAAAAUACCCGCCAAUGAACAGUCUAGAGGAUUCAACUAUCUAUUAAAGAUUGGAUCUUGAAUCUAACAAAAUUCACUAUGUAUAAGUUGAUAAGUUAUUUACAUUUGACAACUUUUUUGGGAAGUUCAUGAGUUAAAAAGGAGGCGAAAAGGGUAAAAAUGUCAGAUUUUGGUCUAAAAGACCACAACCAUCAACAUUGACCAGAACUUCUGUUUUGGGAGCAUGCAGAUGACUUCCAAAAUUGCAGGUGUUCGAUGCAGCCAAUACCUGGACAUUAAUUUGGAGCAGCGUUUUUUUAGAGUCAAUUUGCCCUACACUUUCUCAAACCCACAAGCAAGCUUUUCAGGUCGGAGACGAUUGGUGUCGCUAAACUAAUCAACUUCUCAAGUAACAAGUGAAUGAUUGCAGCAUCUAAAGUCAUUGAAGAACAGUCGAUGGUUUUAUUUAAUACACCUUCGAAUAACCAAUAAAAAAAAAACCAGCGCCAAAGGCGCAUCUAAUUUCAUCUAGUUACUUUAAAGUUUUUCAAAUUUCCCUCUCAACCUUAAUUUAAAAGUGCUGUAGACAUUUUACACAAUUGAGUUACGG